AUGUCGUCCGUAAAGGUGGCAGUGCGGGUUCGCCCGUUUAACGACCGCGAGAAAAACAUGAAUGCAAUUCUCUGCAUUUCCAUGGAAGGGAAAAGCACUACGAUAGAAAACAAAGAUGACGCGAAAAAUCCAAGCAAGACUUUCUCCUUCGACUACUCAUAUUGGUCACACGACGGGUUUGAGGUGGACGGUACUGGGUACUGUAGACCAACCAGCACGAAAUAUGCCGACCAGCACAGAGUAUAUCAAGACGUAGGAAAAGAUGUUCUGAACAACUCCUUUGAGGGGUAUAAUGCGUGUCUCUUUGCUUACGGUCAAACCGGAGCUGGGAAGAGCUAUUCCAUGGUUGGGUACGGUGCGAAUAAGGGCAUUAUCGUCAGAGCUUGUGAAGAAAUAUUCCAACGUAUACAGCAAAAUGCAGAUCCUAACCUCCAGGCGGAAGUUCUAGUAAGUAUGUUGGAGAUAUACAAUGAGCAAGUGCAGGACUUGCUUCAACCGAUGGACAAGAGACCGAAGGGAGGACUGAAGAUUCGACAUACUCCCCAACUAGGCACAUUUGUGCAAGAUCUAAGCAAGUGUCCUGUGGACUCGUAUGCGGCGAUCCAAGCCAAAUUAGAUGAAGCUGGGUCGGGAGAGCCAGUAUCACAAAAGUGCUCUGAAAUCAAUCUUGUAGAUUUGGCUGGUAGCGAAAGGGCUGGGUCUACUGGGGCGACUGGAGACAGACUCAAGGAAGGUUGCGCAAUCAACCAGAGCCUCAGCGCCCUCGGCAAUGUCAUUUCUGCACUUGCAGAUAAAGCAGCUGGAAAGUUGAAACCUGGGCAGGUCGUCCCAUACCGUGACUCAGCGCUGACACGCAUUCUACAAACUGCCCUUGGAGGGAAUAGUAAAACGUGCAUGAUAGCAGCCCUUUCCCCAGCUUCUGUCAACUACGAAGAAACGCUGAGCACUCUUCGCUAUGCAGAUAGAGUGAAACAAAUUAAAAAUGAAGCCGUCGUUAACGAGAACCCACUUGAAAAGCUUAUUCGAGAGCUACGCGAGGAGAAUGAGCGCCUCAAGAAGGCUAUGGGGGGUACUUUGCCAGCCCCAAGUGGAGCUUCAGAGCCCGACCCCGCUAUGUUAGAGGCUAUGCGAAAACAGUACGAAGAAGAGAUCGAGGCAAACAAGCGGGCUAUGGAAGAAAUGACAAUGUCGUGGCAGCAAAAGAUAGCGGAGGAAAAGAAGAGGGCGGCGGCCGCUGGGCGACUGGAGGAGCAGCUCGAGAUGACACUCCCCACGUUACAAAACCUGAACGAAGACCCUUUCCUCACCGGCAAGAUAGUGUGCGUAAUAAAACCGGGAUCGAGCACUUUCGGAAAGCCAGAAGGAGAAGAAGCCCCCACCUUCCGUAUUGGUGGCUUGGGUGUGGUAGCAGGCCACGCUACUGUAGAAUGCGCAAAAAUACAGAAUGACGCCGAAGAUCCAGAAGAUGUAUCAUUCCGCGUAACUUUGAAGGCAGUAGGAAAGACAAUGGUGAAUGGCGUGGAAGUGCAGGAGGGCGAAGAAAGGCAGUUGCAACACAAGGACAGAAUUCUAUUCGGACACAACAAUCUCUAUGUGUAUAUGGAUCCACUUGAUAUGGAUAAGGCCAUGCCUUCUUGGGAGGAUGCAAUGAAGGAAGUCAAGAAAGACCAGAUGGGGGCAUACGGUCAGACACAAGAGACUCAAGCAGAAAAAGAAAAGGAUAGAAAGUUCAGAGAGAUGCUGAAAGAUCUAGAGACCGCAAAGAAUUCCUUGGAAAAGGAAAGACAUGAACUGCUUAAAAAGCUGGAGAAAAAGGAACAGGAGCUGCUAGCAAGCGGCGAAUCGCAGGAGGUUAUUCAGGAAAAGCUGAAAGAGCUGGAACAAGAAAAACACGAAAUAGAGCAGAUGUUGCAGAGUAAGCAGGAGGAAUUAACCGCGCGCGAGCUAAGGAUACGGAAGGAACAGGCUGAAGAGGAAGCUAGAAGGGAGGAGGAAAGAGCCGCCAGAAUUGAACUAGAGGAAAUCAUGACAAAAACUUCCCUACUCGUCGACGAAGCAAAUAUGAUUGCACAAGAGCUUGGGGUUGGGGCUUGCUUUUCUCCUAAACUCACAAUUCGCGGAGAUGCGGUAGGGCGGGGUACUAGAGCAACUCUAGGAGGAACAGUAAUGCAAAGAUCAGAGAUUAUGAUACGAGUUGAUCGGAUGGAUUCCGAUAUCACCCAGCUCUGGUCGUUGGAUUUGUUCGAAAGAAAGGUCUUUGAAAUGCGAGAAAUUUAUGCUAAUUGGACACCAGAGCCAGGGCAAGUUUUUGCAUUACCGGAUGACGUUGCGGACCCCUUUGCGCCUGAUCCAGAAUCAUACCAGGUGGUGGGUCAAGCCUAUGUUUAUUUAGAAACAAUCCGAAGCUUGCUGCCCAUAGAUAAGGAGCCAUUUCCUAUAUUUGACGCCAAAGGACAAAAAAGGGGAACUCUUGUUUUGUCAAUCGAUAUUCAAGUGUCCUCAACAAAAUCUGAAGUGGAAGGAGAAGACGAGCUGGUAGCUCGCCGCAUAGAAGACAUUGACGAUUUCGACUCGGUGGAAGACGUGAAAGGCCGCGAACUAACAAUCACCGUCUCCGUACAUUCUGCGAACAACCUACCGGAGAAGUCAUGCCGCCAUCCACAGGUCCUAUAUCGCUGGCUAGAUGGAAUGACAGAGGUGUCUACAGUUUCGCUUGAGGAGGAAAGCCGCGAUGUCGUCUUUAAUAGUUCGAGGGGGUUUACCCUCAACGCCAACGACGUCGCAAUUGAGUGGCUCUCUGGCGCCCUGAUAUUCGAAGUCAGUGGAAAGUUCGUUGACAAGACAGGCAAGGGAAAGGGUGACAAAGGAAAAGAUACGCGCAAGCUUGAGGAAGAAUUGAAGGCGAAGAAAGAGCUGCUGGAGAAAAUUAAGGCGGCACUGAAAAUGCAGGGCAGAUCACUUGACGAAUUGCUACAGAAAGCAGAAACUGAGCAGAGUAAUAAAGAAGAACAACUGAAUCCCCAUGACGAACGCGGGAACAUAGAAUCAAGUGAAGGCAACCAAGAAUUGCAGGGAGAAGUAGUCAGUAAUGAUGUACCUGCGUCCACGAUUGAGAAUCAGGAAGUUGGUAACAGCAACCAAGAAACGCAAAAUGAAUCAUCCAAUACGAUAGAAGAAGAGCCUGCUGUUCCGCAGGACGCGGAGCAGCCUGAGGCCCCAGCAGAGGAAGCCGCAGACCAAGCCUCAGCAUCAAAUGAGGAAGGCGUUCCUGCUGGAGACGCCGCUGAUGAUGAUGGCGAGGGUACCGUAGAAUCAGCCCGUGAUUCAGCCCGAGGCGAGUUAGUGGAAACAAGCGAACACACCCCUCCGGAAGCAGCAACCUCUGAGGAAGGAUCACCGAGAGGGCAAAUAGAAGAAGGGACAAGCAGCGAAGACAGUGAUUGA